GAAGUGGUGAGGACGGAGAGGGGUGGUUGCAGUCUGGAGCUAGGAAAGGUCAAACAGUCAAGUGGCUUCUCUCCUGUCUCAGUUUCAAAAGAUGGAAGCCUUUAUCAACCAUACUGGACCAGGUGGAGAUUUGGAACUGCAAAACUGCGGAAGUGAACAUUUCCUCUAUUUUGCCUAUGGUAGUAUCUUAUUGUGGGAAAGAUUAAUGUUAAGAAACCCUUCUGUGGUUUUCCUUACCAUAGCACAACUACUGGAUUAUAAACUUGCUUUUGGCUCUCGUCAAAGGAAACCAAGUUUUCAGUGGAAAGAAGGUACAGCUACUAUUGUCUAUAGCCCUGGUGAAGAAGUAUGGGGAAUAAUAUGGAAAAUGAACACUAGUGAUUUAUAUUCUCUGGAUAAACAAGGAGUAAAAAAUGGUGUUUAUAAUCCAAUUGAAGUAACAGUUCAGACUCAGGAUGGGAAAAUAAUUGUAAUUAUUAAUUGUAAUUAUCAGAUGAAUGACUAUGUCCUCGAUCUUCCUUCUCCAUAAUAUAAGAAGGUCAUUUGUUUGGGUGCAAAACAGAAUGAAUUGCUAGUGGAUUAUCAAAAGAAAUUAAAUUCUAUAGAGGCUAACAACUAUGCAGGACUUGUACCAGUAUUUGAGGAAAUUGAAGCUGCUCUCAAUGCACCAGGGAAACAAAAUAAUGAAGAUAAAUUUUAGUAUAACUUAAUUUUACUGUCUUGGCAUCUUGUGUGUCUAUUUCUCUUAUAUUACAAUAGCCUAGCUAGAGUUAAUGUCAAAAUAACUGGAGGAUACCAGAUACACGAUAAGGUGUAAGAUGAUCCUUGAUUAUUAAUAGUUGUCCUUUAAGUUUUUUUGUUUCUGUAUUUACAGUAAAUUGAG